UUGAGAGCUGGAAUUUGCCUUUUUAUUCUAAAGUUUCUAAAAUUUCAGUCCAAGAAUUUCAGGCUCCCGUCAGGUCGCAAAGUAGUGUUUACGGACACCAUUGGAUUUCUGAGUGAUCUACCUAUUCACCUGUUGGCUGCCUUCCAAGCAACACUCUCCCAUGUGACGUUGGCUGAUGUCAUCAUUCAUAUUCGUGAUCUGUCGAACCCGGACUGGCCCGCGCAAAGCGAAGACGUGGAAUUGACCUUAGGACAGAUUGGUCUGCCUCCGGAUCGCUUAAACGAUGUCAUUGUGGUGGACAAUAAGAUUGACUUAGAUGGGGCACCGUUAACAUCUUCUUCAGGUGCAAUGAGGAUCUCGUGUAAAACUUCUGAAGGGAUAGAAAAUCUCAUUGAGAAGGUAGACGAACCUGUUUUGUCACUCGAGUUGAAGUGCAACAUGACAGGAGUCACAGAUUUCACACCGAGUGACCCUGAAAAUCAUCGGUGGUUCCUAAAGUUCCGAUGCAUGAACUGUGGAGAAUCCCGUGACUACUGGCAGUACGUGGUUAUAAAUGAAGUGCUGGAAGUUCCUGGCAGUCGUGGCGAGGCGAAUCUCGUUGAGAAGUGUAAGCUCUGCAAUCGGGUGAACACAGUUGCUAUCAUCCAAGACUCCAUUGGGAAGUACGACGCUGCUGAUCAUAAUGAAGAAUGGCAAUCCAUGAUUCAGCUAGACUGCCGUGGCUUGGAACCAAUCGAUUUUGAUCCGAGGAUGGGAUGGACUGCCGUCGGCACAGAAUCUGGGACGGUGUUUGAUGACAUCGAUCUUUCUGAAAAGGCGUGGGCCGACUAUGACGAGAAAGCCGGUGAGGCUACGGAAAUCAGCGAUAUUGAAGUGCGAUUUGUUCAUGCUAAACAGAAGUAA